GCCAGAAACAGACGCCGACGCUGCAGCAGCUUACAUCAAACACUAACAUGAAAACAUAAGAGGACAGCUCUGUUCACAGUCAGCGCUGUCUGUGGAGCAUAAAGGUCUGCGAGAUGAGCAGGCAGACUUCGCAUCCGGCACAUGUGCCCCAAAAUCAGAGGAGCUCAUCUUCCAAUGCUCCUCCAAGUCUGGAGAACAAGCUCCUCUCUCAGACCUCCUCUUGCCUCUCUCUGCAGCCCACCAGCCUGUCCUCCACCUCAUCCUCCCUUCUCUCCACCUCAUUCCCCUCAUCUCUUCUCAGCACUGAGAACAAGGUCCUAGCAAGUCACAACCAGGCACCUCUUCUUUUUUCUUCUCCACCCUCUCAUGGAUCUGUCCCUAAAAGCUCCCUGCGGCCAGCGUCCCCAGCCAGCAGUCACUUUGUCCGUCCUUCUUCUGUCCUCACUCCUGUUUUGGGUGGAGAAAAGAGUAGCAAGGAUGGAGGACAUGAAGGUAGAGAGGAAACACUUGAAGUGAUGGAGUCCUCUUUUGAAGAAACAAGUGUGAUGCAUCCUGUGGACGAUGAAUGUUUGUCUGAAGAGGAGGAUGUGGAGGAGGAGGAUAACGCCGGAUCACUCAUGGAUUUAUCUGUCCUUGGAGCAGAUUUGGGUAACCAAGAACCCGAUCACUCUGUGGUCAUCAGACAGGAGGACUUUGCUGAGCCUGACAGGAGAAAUGAGCUAAUCGAAGAAGAGCUGAAGGAUAAAAAAUAUUUCCUGCUGAACGCUGUGUGCUGCUCCCUGAUCAAUAAGACGAUCAACCCAGGCGAGGAGGACUGGGACUCAGAGAGGGGUGUUUGGACCAGGAUCAUGAACCUGUCAAAGGACAUUUCUGCCUCUGACCCACAGUUUCUUCUUAAGGUUGCAGUUUACACUCGACAGGAGCUGAACAUCCGCAUCACAGCAAACUUCUUAUUGGCUCUGGCUGCCAAUCAGCCGUCCACAAAACCACAUGUUCGCAGAUACUUCUGUGCUGCCGUACAGCUGCCCUCUGACUGGCUGGAGGUCGUCAGACUCUACAGUACAUGCUUCAGCCGCUCUCUGCCGAUGUGCCUGAAGAAGGCGAUGGCUGACAAAUUCAAGCAGUUCAACGAGUACCAGCUGGCUAAAUACAACACACGCAAACACCGCUGUAAACACAGCCACAACAGACCCAAAAACAAGAAACCAGACAAUGAGCAGCUGAAACAGUGGGCGAGCUUGCUGCGAUCAAAUAAAAGUAUUCUGUCCAAGUUUCUGCAGGCAGAGGGCACGAAAAAGGUGGUGGAUAAAAAGCAGAGUGAGUUCAGUAUGAAGAAGAUGAUCAAGAAGCUUCACCUUAAAGAACCAGCUGAACAUGUGAUGGCCAUCUUGGGAAGAAAGUAUCCGGCUGAUGUGAAGUCUUUCACUAAAAGUGGGAUGAAAGGCGAGUGGGACAGGGAGCGAGCCGGACAGCGCAUGAAGCUGAAAGAGCCGGAGACGUGGGAACGGCUCAUCAGUGUAAAGGGAAACAAGGCUGCUACCUGGGAGAAACUCAUCGACAACAAGUCUCUUCCAUUCAUGGCCAUGCUGAGGAACCUGAGGAACAUGAUCACUAAAGGCAUCAGUGAGGCUCACCACAACAAGAUCCUCAGCAGACUCACCGAUAAGAAAGCUGUUAUUCAGAGCCGACAGUUUCCAUUCAGAUUCCUCGCCGCCUACAAAGUCAUCAUGCAGCUCCAUAUAGUGGCCUCGGCUUCCCAGAAGGCCAUGCCCCCUGUUAAAGACAUCCUGAAGAGCAUCGUGGAGAAGAUCCCCAAGAGCAAACGCUUCAAACGUAUGGACUGGGAGACAGCUGGGAGGAGCAGACUGAGGGUGACGCGUGGAGUGCCGUUUAUAUACAGACUGUACAGAAUAAAGAAGGCUCAGCUCAUGAAAGCAAAUGAGAGGCUGUUCACUGUUGAACUGUUGGAUCGUUACCGUGAAGCUCUGGAGACAGCUGUGCAGCUCUCCUGUCGGUACAACGUGCCCCCGCUCCCCGGACGGACCGUCGUCCUGCUCCACACAGACAUGAGAAGAGAUCUUGACAUAAAUGAGAAGCUAGACUUCUGCCUCCCACCAGACCCUGAAAAAGAGAAAGAGGAGGAGGAGGAGGAGGAGGAGGAGGAGGAGGAGGAGAAGGAGGAGGAGGAAGAAGAGAUGGAGGAAGAGGAGGUGGAGGAGAUUGAGGAAGAGGAGGAAUGGGAGGACGUGGUGGAGGAGGAGGAAGUGGGUGAAGAGGAGGAGAUGGCGGAGGAGGAGGAAGUAGAGGAAGAGGAGGAAGAGGAGGAGGAGGAGGAAGAAGAAGAAGAGGAUGACAAUGACAUUUUCACUCCAUCUGGGGCGGAGAUGUCCGUCCUGCUCUCUCUGAUGAUCUGCAGCAGUGCUGAGGACAGUCACCUUUGCUUGUUCUCUUCGGCUAACAAUAAAGAAGUCGAGCUGAAGUCUGAUGUCCUCCUGGAUAAUGUCAGGAGUGUGCUCAAAGAGUUCAAGGCCGUUGAGAAGGCGUCACCUAAUAGAAAAACUUUUCCUUCUCAACUGUUCAACAACAAAAACAAGAUCGACAACAUCAUUCUGGUGACCGACUAUGGUCACAAUCGGGAAGUGGAGUGGAACAUCUCUACCUACAGGAAGGACGUAAACAACAACGCUCUUUUUGUGAAAGUCUACUUUUCAGAACGAGACGAAGAGUUUUAUCCUGACAGGAACUGUGUGAACCUGAUAGGCUUCAGUGAACAAAUGCUCAGGUUUGUUGCAGAGCGAGGGUCGUCCAGGCUGAUGGAACAUGUGGAGCAUUUAGACAAACUGUACAAAAUCCCUCCACCAGAGGGAGCUAAAGGCCUCCAGACCUCAUCCAGCGUCGUCCCAAUACCAGCCAGCCCGAAGUUAAGGUGGAGAAGUGUCCGCGUGUUUGUCUCCUCCACUUUCAGAGACAUGCACGCUGAGCGGGACAUCUUGGUGCGCAGCGUGUUCCCCGAGCUCAGGCGUCGUGCUGCUCAACACUGCCUCUACCUGCAGGAGGUGGAGCUGCGCUGGGGUGUGACGGAGGAGGAGUCGGAGCGAGCUGCGGAGCUGUGCCUGUCGGAGGUUUGUCGCAGCCAGAUGAUGGUGGGAAUCCUAGGAGAGAGGUACGGCCUGGUGCCUUCCAAACCUGUCCUCCCUGACCUGCCGCAGUACAGCUGGCUGGCGUCGACGCCAGGCGGCAUGUCUGUCACAGAGAUGGAGAUCCGUCAGUUCCAGUCUCUUUACCCCGACACAACCAGCCAGCUGAUGUUCUGCUACUUCAGAGACCCAAACAUCACCAAAUCAGUUCCCGUGUCGUGGAGAUCUCAUUUUGCUCCUGAAUCCAAAGAGGCGGAGUCUAAAAUGAACUCUCUGAAGAGAAGGAUCGUCGACAGUAAAGUGAAGGUCACUAAGAAUUAUCCAUGUGAGUGGGGAGGAGUUGUGGAUGGAAAACCAUAUCUGAAAAACCUGGAGGACUUUGGCAAAGCCGUGCUGGACGACCUGUGGAGGGCUGUCGUAAAGCAGUUUGUGGUAGAGGAGGAUGAUGCUGAGGCUGUGUCUGAUGUGAAGGAGCAAGAGAUGCACCAGGGGGCGCUGCAGAGACAGUUCUUCGGCAGACAGAAGCUGCUGAGUGCAGCUGCAGAGAUGGUGGAGCAGGUCCAGACUAAAGGAGGGAUAAUGGUGGUGGAGGGAGGAGCUGGAGAGGGAAAAACUGUCUUCAUGGCGGCUUUAGCAGAGGCUCUCAGGACAGGAGUGAAGUCCAGGACAAAGCGCGCCUGUGAUGUCAUCUCCUACUCUACAGCUGCCAGCCAAUCAGCUCGUUCUGUGGAGAACCUGCUCCGAUGCCUCGUUCAGGGGUUGAGGAAAAUGAAAGACACUAAGGAAGAGGCACCUCUUCCUCACUCUUACAGAGAUCUGCUGUCAGAGUUUAACUCCAGUGUAAGUGACAUGAAGACGGUAAAACCUCUGAUGCUGCUUGUUGAUGGAGUGGAUCUCAUUCAGGACGGCAGAGGUCAGCUCGUCUCUGAUUGGAUACCACAGCAGCUUCCAAAGGGUGUUUGUUUGGUCGUGAGCAUCCCAUCCAAAGCUGCUCUGCUACAAACUCUGUCCAAGAAAAGAGGCAUCGUCCUGUUCUCUCUGGGUCAGCUCACCAUGCUGGACCGAAAAGAGAUCGUUCAGAAGGGACUGGACAGCUUCGGGAAGAAACUCAGUGACUCUGCAUUCAACAACCAGCUCCAGACGCUGACAAUGAAGAAGGGAGCAGUGAGUCCUCUGUACUUGCACCUGGCCUGUGAGGACCUGAGGAACUACGCCUCCUUUGACAAAUUGAAGGAGAACCUGGAGGGCUUGCCUCAGUCUCUGGGUCAGUUGGUGCAGUACAGCCUGGACAGACUCUGCUCACAGCACAGAGGCAUGCUGGGACUCCACUGGGCCCUGGCAGCACUCACUGUCAGCACCACGGGCCUGAGGGAGAAAGACUUGUACUCUGUUAUGAACACAUGCAAUGACCUCCCCUCACGGGACGGGAAGGCCCCAUGGGCGGAAGUUCUUCACCUGUCUAGGAAGCCCAAAGGACGCGUUCCCAUGGCAACUUUUACAGGAAUAGUGCUGAGUUUGCGAUGUCUGAUUGGUUCAUCUCAUUGCCAUGGCACCGAUGACCUGCUGAUUCUGACCAAUCCAGAGGUGAGGAGGGCCUUUGAGGACUUUCUUCUACCAACAGAAAAAGACAGAACCAGAGCUCACCUUGUGCUCUCAGCUCACCUGUGGGCUCUAGCCGACCCUCAGGGCACAAACACCUUCCUGCACUGUGAGGCCAACUCUGUCAUGCACCUGCCUUCAAACCUGAUUCAAAGUGGUCAAACGGAGGCUCUUCAUUCUCUGCUCUCCAGCUACUAUUUCCUGUACGCUCAGGUGCGUCACGGUCUCCUGCACCAACUCUUGGAGACCUACAGCCUGUGUGAUAACCAUCAUGACUCUGCAGCCUCAGCUGGUUCCCAAAGUCGCCUUGAAGACUGCCGUAGUUUCCUGAAGCGUCACGCUCAGCUGCUCUCCUCCUGGCCGGCUCUUUUUACUCAACAAGCUCUUAACGAGCCUCCGAAGACGUCUGCUCACACCUGGGCCCAGGGCCUAAUGGGAAAAGGAGUGGUCCGUGUUGUGGAGUGGCUGAAUAAUGAUAACAAACUUCAACAGGAGGCCAGUGAGCUGGUGUCGACCUUCUCCUCUGAACCGACCUGUGUGGUUGUGAGCUCGAAUGAAGAGCUGAUGGUGGUUGGCACCGGACAGGGAACACUGCAUUUCAUCAACACACAGACCGGACAGGAAGUGAAAUCCCUGCUGAGCAGCUGUGAUGGUAUCUCUAGCUGUGUGUUUCUCAAAGAUGGCCGCCUUGCUACCACCUCCUAUGACGGACGGAUAGAAAUCUGGGACAUCGAGAACAGCUGCAGGAGUGCUCUCAUUGAUGCCCACACUAACAUAAUAACAGCAAGUGACAUCACUGCAGAUAAGAAGAACCUUGCAACCGUGUCUCUGGACUUCACGUUGAAAGUCUGGUCCUCGGCUAAAGGUAACGAGGUAGCAGCCCUUCACAGCUCCAGCCCUUUGAACUGUGUGACCUUUGACCCUGAGGGUCACCUGCUGGCUGCAGGAUGCUGGGAUGGGAAAGUGAUCAUUUGGAACUGGCUCCAGAAUAAAAUCAUAACAAACCUGUCCGGUCAUCGGCGCUCCGUUCACAGUGUCUCCUUCGCCCCCUCCUCCUCCAUGCUCUGCUCCGGCUCUGUGUCCGGAGAGGUCAGGGUGUGGUCGGUGUCCACCUCCACCUGUGUGGGAUGUUUCCAGGCUCACUGCGGAGCCACAGAGGCCCUCACCUUCCUGGAGGAGGGGAGCCUGCUGCUGAGUGCCGGCUCUGAUCACAUGCUCCAUCUCUGGUCAGGAGGACUUGGACGUUCAGUUGCUACAUUAAAAAGUGAUUUGGGCGAGCAGGAGCCUCCUCGUAAGAAAAAGAAACCUGUGACCUCUGCACCGGCUGCUCUGUGUGUGGCUGUUAAUGGAGACUAUGCUGCUGUGGGAUAUCACGGUGACGGUAUCAGACUCUUCAGUCUGGAGUCAGGAGAGAAGAUCUGGGACUCAGGGCAUCUCGAUGUGACCGUGCCGUGCCUGCGGUGGGUCUAUCUGAAGGCAGAGCAGACGGAGCCUGAGCUGCUGGUGUCUGCAGGCAGUGACAUUCGUCUGAGGGUCUGGAAGAAGAAAGAAGGAGAGGAGGGGCUGCAGGGAGGUCUGGACAUGUGUGGAGGGUUUGGUCACCAACGACGGCCCAUCCUAGCAAUGGAACAAAACUCAACAUACCUGGCUACAGCUUCAGAUGACUGCACUGUUGUUCUAUGGCUGCUAAGCGAUCUGGCUAAGGACCCCCACAUGGAGCCUCAUGCACUGCUAAAAGGCCACACAGGAGGAGUCACCUGUCUGUCUUUCAGUCCUGAUGGUGGACAGCUGCUGUCAGGGGGAAAAGAUCAGGCUCUGAUGGUUUGGGAUGUGAGUGUGACUCCUGCUGUUCUCUCCAAGUCGCUCCCUCACUCUCACAGAGACUGGAUCACCGGCUGUGUGUGGACUCCAGACUGUGUGGUAAGCUCAUCAAACGAUGGCAGGCUUUGUUUCUGGGAUCUGCAGGCAGCCAAAUGUCUCAAAGAAAUCUCCUGGACCAGUUCUCUCUCAUCAGUCUGUUGUCUGGGACAGUUUGUGAUGGCUGGCUGUGCAGAAGGAUCACUUCAUGUUUGGAACUGGGAGACAAACUCAGAAAUCAGCCACAUCGCUGCACACAAACAUCGUAUUCACCACUGCUCUGUUCUACCAAACACAGACAAAGACAAAGAAGUCAACCCGGAGGAAAUGACUGUCCUCACUACGUCUGAUGAUGGCUCAGUGCAGCUCUGGAAACCACUGCAGGUGGAGCACUUCAACACCUUCACGGGUCACAGCGGCUCCAUACACGGAGUUGUUCUCAAAGAGGGACUCGCAGAAUUCCUCACUAUUUCUGAAGACUGCUCACUGCGAUGCUGGACGUUGACAAAAGAGGGUCCCACCAGCCUAAGAGGUCCAGUCACAGCUCUGUGCUUCUCGAAGAGUGAUGAUCUGCUUCUUGUUGGUUAUGAAUCUGGAUAUCUGGAAAUAUGGCAGAACAACACCGUGAUUGGCCACAAGCAGACUUCAGCCAGCACCGUCACAGCCAUCUGCUCCAUGCCUGAUGACCAGUACGGUGUCGGCUACAUGAAAAAUGCUGUUGACGUGUGGAAGCUGGUGUGGAAUCAACAACACAGCACAGCCAGCCUGGUGAAGGUAAACACGUACAAAGUGGAAAAACAAGUGAUCCACCUCUUGUACUGCACGGCCCUGAUUGCUGUGUGUCACGAUGGAGACAUAUUCGACGUCAUGAUCAAUGAAGACGACAAGUGGAACCACUCAGUCUCAUGCUGGUGUCAAUCAGUCAGAGUAAUGCAUUUAAUCCAAAACGACGAUAAGAGCAUGUGGCUGGUGGGCGAAACAGAUGGACGAGUCUCAAUUGGCUUCCUUUUUUUGAUGGGCCCCAAACAAAGCUUUGAUUCAAGUUUCGGCUCAUCGGAAAUUAUCACUGAUAUGGAUGAGACAGAUGGGAGCCUGAUCACAGCUGUUACUAUAAACGAAGAGUCCAUUGUGUGUGGGGACGCAAAGGGCAACAUGUGGUUUAUGGAAACUCAAGAACCCUCUACAUGGCGCAACAGAAAACCUGCCCACAGUGACCGGAUCACCGUGCUGAGAUUCACUGACAGCACAAUCAUCUCUGCUUCCUAUGACAGGACUGUGAAGCUGUGGGACAGAAACACCAAGAAACAGGUUGGGAUGUUUGUGUGUGGAGCUCCUGUUCUGCUUUUGGAGGUGAACCCUAAAAAACCCACAGAGCUAGUCUGUGGUGAUGGACAGGGAAAGCUGUACUUUCUCUCCUGGAAAGAAUAAUCCUUAAAAUACUAAACACUACAUUCAUGAUUUAGGGAAACCACUUAACAUAGUUUGCUAUACUAACCAAAGAUCGGCUGGAAUGUUUUGCUUUCUCUUUGCUUUAUUGAUGGUGAUUAUGCGAUGAAUAUCUAAAAGGAAGGAAAGAAUUUACACACUAUAUGCAGGAGUAUGAUAGCUGCUAUCUGUUAAGCCAUAUUUACCCGUGCCUUUGAUUUAGACAGUAGGACUUCCAAGUGUCCUAGGCAAGUUUUAAAAUAUCAGAAGCUUAAAAAAAUCUGUUUUAAUUUAGUAUGAGAUGUAUUAAUGAAGUGGUCAUUUUAACCAAAAUGAUGGUUAAAAACUUGCAAAUGUCUCAAGCAAGUAUAAAAAAAAUAGCAAGCUUUAUAAGUCUUAUCAUUUUUAUACAUCUCAUCAUGAAUGGCCUUUGAAUUAAAUGGUAAAAUUAUGCUUUAAAAAUUAUACAAGUUUUAUCUCUGUUACAUUUUUUACUUAUGGUUUAUUAAUUUGAAAUUUGUUUUAGAAAGCAAUCAGGAAAAUGAAACACUUAAAGUGUAUGAACUGGUGCAAUAGCCUUAAAGGUUACUUUCUUUUGAAUUAAAAUUAUAUUCAAACA